AUGGCGACCGGUGAGAGGCGAUCAAAUCUCAGGUUAAUCAGGACGUCAUUGAUUCUGGACCAAGACGACACACGCAUGACUCGCCAUGGAGACUGUCUCAGACUGUGUACUUACAACGCGAGAACAGUGUCCACAGACGCUGACCAGCAUGCCCUUCUCGGAGCUGCAGAGCGUAUCAAAUUUCACGUGAUUGCUCUGCAAGAGACCAAGUGCAGAACGAGCGACGUACGACAGAUGAAUGAUGGUACACUCGUCAUUCGUGGAGAGAAGGUUCCGUCACGAAAUGUAGGCGGUGUUGGUUUUGUUGUGCACCCAUCUGUCGUCCAUCUUGUCGAUUCUCACGAGAUCCUGUCACCUCGUCUGGCCAUUCUUCGCUUCCGCCCUCUGCGCCAAAAACCCAUCAGUAUCAUCAACUGCUACUCACAAACAUCAGCAGCUGAUGAAUCCGAAUUGGACGCGUUUUACGAGGAUCCGGAGGAAGUGAUUCGCAACGAGAAGUCCUUCUACAGAUUCGUUGUCGGAGACUUCAACGCAAAACUAGGAAAGGCCACAGAAGAGGAGCACAGGAUUGGAAGAUUUGGACUAGGGGACCAGAAUGAGAAUGGCAAUCGUCUCGCCGGGCUGUUGUCCCAAGGUGACUGA